UGCCUUCCAAUUUCUCGUACUGUGUCGCAAGUGGCUUGUGAGACGUGGUGGCGGCCAUGGAGCCUUCGACCCCGCCAUCUCCAACUCCAUUUUAAUGCGGGGUAAACGGCAUCACCUUUCCGAUCAUCUUCACUUGACACGACAAAAACAAGACCCCACAUGCAAACGACUCCAAUAUCCUGAUCCACUUUCACUUCGAAGUAAAGAAAGAAAAAGAGAAUGUGAAGCUUCACUUUAAACAUAACCCUUUUGAUUACCUUCGCUCAACUAGAUCUAUCUACCCAUCGUGAAGAAUUGCUGUCAAUUAGCAAAAGCAUACAUUCCAAUCAGAUCGGCACGAUGUCUUCACCUGCGAAAACAGUAGCCUUUAUAGGCCUGGGAGUUAUGGGCUACCCAAUGGCUGUCAAUCUUCGCAACGGACUCAGUCCAGAUUAUACCCUUCUCAUCUGCGACGUCAAUAAAGAUGCUCUUUCUCGAUUCCAGAAACAGACAGAAGGGAAAGGACCAGUUGGGAUUAUUGAGACGGGGAAGGGGGCUGUUGAGCAAUCUAAUCUCGUAAUAACCAUGCUUCCCAACUCGCCCGCUGUAAAAGCCGUGUACCUCGAUCCUGAGACUGGGAUCGUAGCAGCAGCAGCCAAGAGUUCAACAUCCUCGACCCACAAACUGAUCAUGGAAUGCGGCACCAUCGAAACAGCAACCAUCCUCUCCGUCGCCAAAGCAGUCGACACCGCACGCUCAACCCUCCCCCAAAACUCCAUACUAUCAUUCGUAGACGCCCCCGUAUCAGGAGGACCAAUGGGUGCCGAGGCCGUUACAUUGACGUUCAUGGUUGGCGCGAAUGAUUCUUCCUCGUUCGAAAAGGCGAAAGAAGUUCUUGCGCACAUGGGCAAGAAGGAGAGUAUAUUCCAUUGCGGAGAAGUCGGAGCCGGCACAGCGUUCAAAGUAAUCAACAACUACCUCUCGGCCAUAACAUCUCUCGCCGCCUCUGAAGCGCUCAAUAUAGGCACGAAGAUGGGAUUAGACGUCAAGCUCCUCACGGACGUGAUAAACGUCUCCGGCGGGCAAUGCUGGGUCACGAGCCAUAGUAAUCCUGUGCCAGGCGUGCAGGCGAAUGUGCCGAGCUCGAGGGGGUAUGAGGGAGGAUUUAGGCUGGAGUUGUGUGCGAAGGUGUUGAAGAUGGGGAGUGAGCUUGCGGAAAUGGUGGGGGCGAGGACGGUGCUGGAUGGGCCGACGUUGGAGGCGUUUAGGGAGGCGAGUGAGGAUGAGAGGUAUAAGGGGAAGGAUGCUAGGGUUGUUUAUAAGUGGUUGAAUGAGAGUGAGAGGAAGUGAGGGAUGUGGUGGAACGUGAAUGCGUAGCGAUGUAUAUUUCAAGAAUGUGUUUUUGAUCCUCAGGGUCUCGCAUUUCUGAGGACGGCUUCGUUCGAAAAUCGGCAUGCCGCAGCAGGAUUUGUGACUUCUGCCCAGAUGCCGAUGGGAUGUCCGAACAUUGUCUAUACGUUCUGACAGUGAUGACUACCAAUUCACCGUGUUCGGGUCGUGAUCCAAGUCAUCAUUGGAGUCUCAAUUUUGAGGGUCUCUUUUUUGAGCAUCACCAUGCUGUUGACAGUCGGAAAGCUUCCCAUGCACCAGGACUCGAAGCAUUAGCUGACUAUGAAUCGAAAACGGAUUUUUGAUUAUCUGGCAAAAAGAGAUGGGUGUCACUCUUUCUCAUAUAUUUCCAGUGCUACAGCGCAUACUAAUGGAG